AUGGCAGAGAUACACGGCGACGGCUCGGAAGGUUUGCCGUACAUUCCAGACGAUGUAACCAUCGCCCACUUCGUGAUGGACUAUCAGCAUCCGGUGCGGCCGCGGUGGAGCAACGACAUCCGCCCCUGGCUUAUUGAAGAGGCUACAGGGAGACAGAUAGGCUCUGACGAAAUCCGUUCGCGCAUGUUCGGCCUCUCGAAUGCCCUCAAAAUCCGGUGGAACAUAGGGUACGACGAUCCAGUAUGUGUGUUCAGCCCGAACCACGUCGAUUAUCCCGUCGUCAUGUGGGCAGUGCAAAAUCUCGGCGGCAUAGUAUCAACGGCCAACCCGACAUACACCGCGGACGAGUUGGCCCAUCAGCUCGAGGCCAUUCGAGCGCGAUUGGUGGUCGUCCAUCCCGACGUACUCCAGGUGGCGCUGGAAGCAGCCCGAAUGAUUGGUCUUUCCGAGGACGCUAUCAUUCUAUUUGAAAAAGCCGUAGCUCGCCCAAAUAUCCUGGAUCUGAUCGAAUCGGGGUUGAAAGAACCGCAACGCUUUACUCCAUUGAGUUUCAGGCCGGGUCAGGCGAAAGAGAAGCUCGCUCUCCUGUCAUUCUCCAGUGGAACUACCGGGCGUCCCAAGGCCGUCAUGAUCUCUCACUAUAGCAUGAUUGCAAACAUAGUCAUGUACGGCGAACACAUGCGCCAGAACCGCGCGAAGACAUCUCCCGAUAUGCACUUCUGCCUCCCGGGUGAUGUGAUAUAUGGGAUUCUACCUUUUUAUCACGCGUUUGGGAUGCACUUUGUUGUCCUCAUGAACAUGGUGUUUGGUACAACUGUUGUUGUCGCUCCGAAGUUUAGCCUUCAGCAGAUGCUGGAUAGCAUCCAGCGGUACCGCAUUACUAACCUUGCAGUUGUUCCUCCUCAAGUUAUCGCGAUGUGCAAGAGUCCGAUAACCAAGGACUACGACCUCAGUUCUCUCCGCUCCAUCGUCUCCGGCGCCGCGCCUCUAGGACCGGAAGUGACGGACCAGCUGGCACAAUUGCUACCCAAGUGUAUCAUUGGGCAGGUGUACGGACUCACCGAAGCCGCGACCGGGGUGGUGUUUGCCGCUCACGGGCUCAAGGUACCCACUCCCGGCUCCGCCGGCGUGCUCGUGCCCGGGGUUGUCGCACGAGUGGUGAAAGCAGACGGGUCGCUCGCCGGCUUCGACGAGCUCGGCGAGCUACAGGUCAAACAGCCGUCGAUAGCGUUGGGCUACUUCAACAACCCCCAGGCUACUGCCGAGACUUACGUGGACGGUUGGGUCCGCACCGGCGACGAGGUGCGCAUCAACGCCGCGAAGGAGCUCUUCGUCGUCGACCGCAUCAAGGAGCUCCUCAAGGUGCGCGGCUUGCAGGUCGCACCCUCGGAGCUCGAGGGCCACCUGCUUGACCAUGCCGCAGUGCGAGACGCAUGCGUCGUCGGGGUGCCUGAUGAGUAUUCGGGCGACCUCCCGGUGGCGUUUGUGGUGCUCGCGCCGGAGGCUGUCCAAGGUAACAAGGGCGACUUAAAGAGGGCGCUGAUGUUGCACGUAUCUGAGCACAAGGCUCGGCACAAGUGGCUCGCAGCCGUUGAAUUCGUCGAUGAAAUCCCGAAGAAUCCCAGCGGCAAGCUCCUGCGACGUGUCCUUCGUGAUCAGGCGAAGAAAAUGCUGCUAGAUGGCUCGUUGAAGGUGGAAAGUAGCUCUCGACGCGCCAAGCUCUAG